CUUAUUCGUAGAAUUUAAAGGGAUUUUCUAACAAUUAAACUUUGAGCAUCAUUAAUUAGCAGAUGUACUCCGACAAAUCAAAUGGAUAUACGGGUCAACCUAUUUGGUUAUCAUUGGUAAUGAAUCCUUAAACCUUAAAUGUCAAUAUGUCGUAUCUGGAAAAUGAAGUUCAUUUUUUUCUCUUAUUGUUUGCUGAGGUAACUUCCUCUUUAUUUUUUUCACGUCUGAGAUAAUGUUUUGAUUUGACAUAUUGGUUGAGUUUUUAUACCUUAAAAUAUUUGCAAUCAACCUUUGACAUGAGUGUUACUUCUCACAGGGUCAGUGAACACGACAAUAAAUCAUUCUUAAAUACGGCGGUCUUUAACACCAAAGAGUCGAUAAACUCGUGUAAUUCAUUAAUCCAAUCUUUUAAAUAUUUACGUUCGAGUAUUAAAUCAUGACUAUGUUUUAUCAUAAAAUAACAUAUUAUGACGGCGCCGAUAAACUAUAGAGUUUUAAGGAAAUAUAAAGACCCUGACAAAUGAUUAAUAGUGGCAGCUGUUUAUUUCUGUUUUUGUUUACUUCAUCAUAAACAGAAUAUUCAAAUGUCAACGUAUUGACACUUAAAUUGUUUUUAUUGGCGGUGAUCAACUAAUAUGAGACGAACGAAUUAAUUUGUCCAGUUGUUCUACCUAGAUAAUGAAGUACUUCACCUGCAAUCAGUUGCAAAACUACAACCUUUUUUCUUUUUCUUUCAAUCUUCAACAGAAUGAUAUUCCUAAGAAGGAGAUCAAUAACAAUCCUAGUCCUGAUUUACUUCUUCUCAAAUUGCACAACAUGUUAUUCCACUAGUUGCACAAAUGGCUGUGAUUUAGCUUUAGCUUCCUUCUUCAUCUGGCCCGAAUCGAAUCUCCCUUUAAUAAACCAACUAUUUGACAACAUCUCAUACAGUGAUAUCCUUGAGUGGAAUACUCAAAUCACAAGCACGUUUAUCCUAACCGAAUCCAGAGUUCACGUUCCCUUUCGUUGUGAUUGCCUUAAUAAUGGUGAGUUUCUGGGCCAUGUAUUUUCGUAUAAUGUUAGUGCCAAUGAGACUUAUGAUCUCAUUGCAACAAGGCGCUAUUCAAGUUUGACGAAUAAGGAGUUGUUGAUGAGGGAUAAUAGGUAUCCGGAUAACAAUAUACCGGAUCAUGUGACCUUGAAUGUGACUGUGAAUUGCUCCUGUGGGAAUAAACAUGUGUCAAAGGAUUAUGGAUUGUUUAUCACGUAUCCGAUGAGGCCGGGGGAAAAUUUGAGUUAUAUCGCGUUGGUGACUAAUACUAGCUCCAAGCUGAUAGAAAUGUACAAUCCAAUGGUGAAUUUCAGUGCUGGCAGCGGGUUGUUGUACAUUCCAGGCAGAGAUAAACUGGGGAAUUAUCCACCUAUAUCAACCAGGAAAGGUUCAUCAGGUAAAACAAUAGCUGCAUUAGCAGUAGCUUCACUAGCUGGAGUUUUGUUAUUGGUAGGCAUCAUUUAUGUGGGAAUUUAUAGAAGAAAGGAACAAAAGGUUGCAGCAAAUAUCCCAGUAUCUUCUGGUCAAUGCUAUCCACCUAGUCCUGCAGGCCUUUCAGGCAUACAUGUGGACAAAUCAGUAGAGUUUUCAUAUCAAGAACUUGCUGAAUCGACUGAUAACUUUAGCAUUUCGAACAAGAUUGGAGAAGGUGGGUUUGGGGCCGUCUAUUAUGCUGAGCUGCGAGGAAAGAAAGCAGCAAUUAAGCGAAUGAACAGGGAAGGAAGAACAGAAUUUCUCGCUGAACUGAAAAUUUUGACGCGUGUUCAUCACCUGAACCUGGUUUCCUUGAUAGGGUAUUGUGUUGAGAGGUCCCUGUUCCUUGUAUACGAAUUCAUUGAGAACGGUAAUCUAAGCCAACAUCUUCAUGGGAGAGACGUAUUGACAUGGUCAACACGGGUGCAAAUUGCAAUGGAUUCAGCCAGAGGUCUUGAGUAUAUACACGAGCACACCGUCCCUUUUUACAUCCAUCGUGAUGUUAAAUCAGCAAAUAUUCUGAUAAACAAGAACUUUCAUGCAAAGAUUGGAGAUUUUGGCUUAUCAAAACUUGUUGAAAGUGGAAAUCCAACUUUGAAUACACGUUUUAUGGGUACAUUUGGAUACAUGCCACCAGAGUAUGGUCAUUCAGGAGUUAUCUCUCGUAAAGUAGAUGUCUACGCUUUUGGUGUUGUCCUUUAUGAGUUGAUUUCAUCCAAGGAUGCGAUAGUCAAGGAAGAUGGUGUUGAUGAAGCAAGAAGCCUUGUUGCUUUGUUUGAUGAAGCUCAUAGUCAUCCAAAUCAAAUUGAAGCCAUUUCCAGAUUGAUAGACCCUAAACUCUGCGAUGACUACCCCCUCGAUUCAGUCUACAAGAUGGCACAGCUUGCUAAAUCUUGUACAGAGAAAAAUCCUGAAAUGAGACCUACUAUGAAAUCAGUAGUGGUGGCUCUUAUGGCACUUUCAUCGUCACAUGCCUGACUAUUUGAUAUGUUGCUUUCACUCUAUAGAAAUUAAGAUCACAAGGCACAAAAACAAGAUCUUGUUGCAUAAUGUUAAGUAUUUAAAGGUGUUAGGGCCUCCUCAAAGUAAUAGCAAUUCCUUGAAAUAUAAGAGCUUAACUUCAUCUUUUUUUUGCUAUACGGAUCAGUAGUGUCAGAGGAAGCGCGCCAAAACAGUUGUAAAUAUUAGGUACGUAGAUAUGUCAUGGCAAAAUACGUAUGUUCUGUAUUGUAUUGAAGCUUCAUGAUUUCAAUGUAUUUCUGUUUGUAUACUAAGAAUAAGGCAUUCUUAAAUCUUGAUUUUGGUA